AUGAACAAUCCUCAAGAUGCUUCGAAUUCCUCCUUCUCCGUGGACGAUAGUGUCAUCCACACACCACCCAACAACUCCUCUAUUUAUUCACCUCCUCCAAUGUCCACUUUUAAUCCACAUGAUAUUUAUUCAAAACAACAACCACCUUUGCAAGAACCAACCUCCUCCUACAUUCCGACCAAUAACUUGAAUGCCCUUCCGUUUCAUCAUUCCAAUGUCCCAUCAUCAUCUAUUCAUCAAACGCCCUCUCAACCACCACAACGUAUCAUACGACCACCACCCAUGUCUCUCUUUCUUGAAGGAGCUGAUGCUGCUGAACAAAUUCAAAAACAAUUAGCCAUUAAGAAAGCCAUGGAAACCAUGACCGAAUCUUGUCUUUCAAAAUCUGCGUUUGCAGCUGUUGCUGGUACAGUUCUGGGAGGAGCAUUUGGUAUUAUUAGUACUAGUUUUACCCUAGAAUCUACUCUCAUGAAAACACCACAACAAAUCAUUCGGGAAGAACAAAUGACUUCACGAGAGAAGAUUCGUGAAUAUUUUAGAGAAACGAAAACAAGAAGUGUUUCAAUGGCAAAAUCAUUUGGAGCAGUGGGAGCUCUCUAUAGCCUUUUUGAAUGUUCCCUUGAAAAAGUACGAGCCAAGAAAGAUGUUAAGGGAAGUUUAAUGGCUGGAUGUUUAUCGGGAGCAGUGUUGGCAAGAAAGGCUGGUAUUGGAGCCAUGAUCUUUGGAUGUUUAUCUUUCAGUGCUUUCAGUGGUGCUAUUGACUAUUUUACUGAAUAUUCAUAA